CACCAGCAGAGACCCACAGGGAAGAAAUCUAUUUGCUGCUCUGACUGUGGGAAAGGUUGCAAAUCUUCAUCAGAACUUAAAAUACACCAGCGAGUACACACAGGAGAGAAACCUUAUAGCUGUAAUCAAUGUGGGAAGAGUUUUACUCAGUCAAGCUCCCUGAAAUCACACCAGAGAACACACACUGGAGAGAAACCUUAUGGCUGUGAUCAAUGUGGGAAGAGUUUUACUCAGUUAAGCAGCCUGAUAGUACACCAGCGGGGACACACAGGAGAAAAAUCUUAUAGCUGUGAUCAAUGUGGGAAGAGUUUUACUACAUCUAGCUAUCUAACUAUACACCAGAGAACACACACUGGAGAGAAACCUUAUGGCUGUGAUCAAUGUGGGAAGAGUUUUACUCAGUUAAGCAGCCUGAUAGUACACCAGCGAGGACACACGGGAGAGAAACCUUUUUGCUGUGAUCAAUGUGUGAAAAGUUUUACCUCAUCUAGCUAUCUAACUAUACACCAGAGAACACACACUGGAGAGAAACCUUAUGGCUGUGAUCAAUGUGGGAAGAGUUUUACUCAGCUAAGCAGCCUGAUAGUACACCAGCGGGGACACACAGGAGAGAAAUCUUAUAGCUGUGAUCAAUGUGGGAAGAGUUUUACUACAUCUAGCUAUCUAACUACACACCAGAGAAUACACACAGGAGAGAAACCUUAUGGCUGUGAUCAAUGUGGGAAGAGUUUUAUUCGGCUACAAACCCUGAAAUCACACCAGAGAAUACACACAGGAGAGAAACCUUAUGGCUGUGAUCAAUGUGGGAAAUGUUUUAUUCAGCUAAACGGCCUGAUAUACCACCAGAGAACACACACAGGAGAGAAACCAUGUGGCUGUAAUCAAUGUGGGAAGAGAUACUCUGAUAAAAGAUCUCUGAUUAAACAUCAGAAAAUACAUGAAGGAGUUGUUUCAUGAUAUCAUGAAUGAAAUAAUGUCACAAUGUAGAAUGUUUUAACAUUGUAGAAGGAGUAUUUUAAUGAAGAAUAUAAGAAUAUAAAACCCUAAACGUUUGCCCCCUGUUCAAUUGAUUUUAGCCUCGGGAAAAAUCCAGGCUCUGAAUUGAAAGAAUACUUUUUAUGAGAUUUAACAAAAAGUGACUAACAAAGAAAGAGUUGUUACACUUACCACGUUGGUUACCCACUGGAAUCACAAUGCAACACUUCAAAAUGUAGCUAGCUGUUUUCUACAAAUUGUCCUCUAACCAGCGAUGUACACAUUAUUCCCAGAUUCUGUGUGGUUUUUGAGCUGUUAGUUUUAACAGGACGUGCAACCUCAUCUCCCUCCUCUCGCACAAUUGAUUUCAACAUGAUAUCAAUGAGUGCUGACAAAUAAGUGUUGCGUUCCUUUGUUAGCCUCUCUGGGGUAGCUGGGACGCUAGCGUCCCACCUGCGGGACACACUAUUCAACAGCCAGUGAAAAAGCAGGGCGCCAAAUUCAAAACAACAAAAAUCUCAUAAUUCAAAUUUCUCAAACAUACAACUAUUAUACCCCAUUUUAAAGAUACACUUCUCGUUAAUCCAGCCACAGUGUCCGAUUUCAAAAAGGCUUUAUGGCGAAAGCAUAAAUUAGAUUA